AUUAGAAUUAGCAAAAACAUAAUUGGGCGGGAAAAAAAAAGAAGGGAAAAUGGGAGAUGUUGGGAUUGGAGUGUCGGAACAGCCCUGUUCCUGUUGUUGUUGUUGUUGUUGUAUUGGUUGGAUUGUUCCGGAUUUUGUUGCCUUUUCCCAUCUCCCCAUUGUUCAUGUCGAUAAUCCUUUCCUCUUAUCAACAUCAUCAUCAUACUCACUUUCCCAUUUUCUGAUAUUAUUAUCCGUAUUUUCAUUAUUAUUGGAAUUUAGUUUAAUUUUAUGGUUCGACUUCGACCCAUGAAAAAAAAAAUUGACCUUUCUUCCAUUACCACUAUUCUCCAAUUGUUGGGCAAUAAUCAAUCGUAAUAAUAAUUUACAAUUUUAUUAAUUUUUUUUUGUUAGGAUUGGGAUAGUUCUUGAUGAUUCCAUAUUCGAUGAUAUUGAUCCUCUUUCUUCGCCCUCACGAUUUUGUGCGAUUCCUCGAUGAUGAUUUCUUUAUAUGAUAGAUAGAUGUUGGGUUGGGGUUGAUUUUGAUGUUGAGAGGAUGAAUGAAUCAAUGAAUGGGAGAGUUUGAGUCAAAUCCAAACCCUAGCCUUGAGGAGGAUUUCGUUGCCUUCCCCUCUCUCUCUCUCUAUCUCCACUAUCGCUUUGUUCUUCCUCUGUUUCUCUCUCUUGGGUUGUCGUUGGUUUCUUCGAUUCCUAGGGUUUCCCUUUGCCGCCGCGGGUGCUGUUUCUGCGAUCAUGGAGGCGGGAUCUGAAGACGCUCCCAAGAUCGGGGAGCCGGCCAAGCCCAAGCGCCAGAUGAAGACGCCGUUCCAGCUCGAAACCCUAGAGAAAGCCUAUGCCACGGAGACAUACCCGUCCGAGGCGAUGCGGGCGGAGCUGUCGGAGAAAUUGGGACUCACCGAUCGGCAGUUGCAGAUGUGGUUCUGCCACCGGAGGUUGAAGGACAAGAACAACACUCCCGCCAAGAAGCCGCGUAAAUCAUCGGCGGCGGUUUCGGCGCCGGAGUACUCCAAAGAUCCUGUCUUUGCUGAGCCGGAGCCGGGCAGUGGUUACGGUUCGGGGUCGGGGUCCGGUUCGGGGUCAGGGUCGGGGUCGGGUUCUAGCCCUUAUGGUAGCAGGGAGUUGCAGAGGAUGGGGUAUGGAAGAGAUGGAGAUGAUGUUGGUGUUGGGAGGAGGUACGGCGAGUCUCCUAGGACAAUCAUGGAGCUUAGAGCGAUAGCUUGUGUGGAGGCGCAGUUGGGAGAGCCUCUGAGGGAGGAUGGUCCGAUACUUGGAAUGGAGUUUGAUCCCUUGCCACCUGAUGCCUUCGGGGCACCUAUAGGUACGAUGGAGGAGCACAUACGUCCUGACCAUUCAUAUGAUAACAAAUUAUAUGGGAGACGGGAUGCUAUAUCAAAUAAGGCUGUUGGAAGAUCUGUGCACGAAUAUCAAUUUCUUCACGAUCAGCCUGGUAUAAGAUAUAACACGCAUGGGCAAGUUAGCCAAAACCAUUUACAUGAUGUUGUGACUGAUGGUCCAUCUGCAAGAGCUCCAUCAUCUUCUCAUGGGAUACAGAAGCUGUCAAACACGCAUGGUGUUCAGGGCCAGUUAUUGCGUGUUUGCCGAGUCUCUCAAGAAGAUAGGGAAGGGCCCGGUAUUUCAGCAUCUCCUGGAUAUGAUGACCGCCUACAGCAAAGGGAUCCUCUCACAAGCAUGAGAUUAAACUCUCCGCAGGGGGCAUACCCAGUUAGUGGAGUUGAGAAUUCGCUUGCGAUAUCUGAUGGGAAAGUUUUCCACAAUGACACUGGCUUGCAUGCGGGGAAACGCAAGAAUGAAGAAGCUCGGACUGCUAGAGAAAUUGAAGUGCAUGAAAACCGGAUACGCAAAGCACUUGAAAAAGAAAACAUGAUGAGGAGAAAGACUGAGGAACGGAUGAGGAAAGAGAUUGAAAGAUAUGAUCGUGAAAGACGAAAAGAAGAAGAAAGACUGGUGCGAGAAAAGCAGAGGGAGGAGGAGAGAUUGCUGCGUGAACAAAGGAAGGAAAUGGAAAGAAGAGAGAGGUUUUUGCAGAAGGAGUAUAUGAGAGCUGAGAAAAAGAGGCAGAAAGAAGAACAGCGUAGAGAAAAGGAGGCUGAGAGACGAAAAGUUGCCAUGGAGAAGGCCACUGCACGUAGAAUUGCUAAGGAGUCGAUGGAGCUUAUGGAAGAUGAGCAACUGGAACUGAUGGAGUUGGCUGCUGCAAAGAAAGGAUUGCCCUCAAUUGUUCAUCUAGAUCACGACACCUUGCAGAACCUUGAUAUGUUUAGAGAUUCUUUGAGUGCCUUUCCACCACAGACAAUACCAUUAAAGCGGCCAUUUGCUGUUCAACCAUGGCUUAGUUCAGAAGAAAAUGCUGGGAAUCUUCUCAUGGCAUGGCGAUUCUUGAUUACUUUUGCUGAUGUUCUUGGCUUAUGGCCAUUUACUCUUGACGAGUUUGUUCAAGCCUUUCAUGAUUAUAAUUCGAGGUUAUUGGGUGAAAUACAUCUUGCUCUUCUUAAAGCAACCAUUAAAGAUAUUGAAGAUGUUUCAAGGACAUCUGCUGCUGGAUUAGGAACUAAUCAAAAUGGUGCUGCCAAUCCUGAAGGCGGACAUCCGCAGAUUGUUGAAGGGGCAUAUGCUUGGGGCUUUGACAUACAGAAGUGGCAGAAGCACUUAAAUCCAUUAACUUGGCCAGAAAUUUUCCGGCAAUUAGCACUUUCUGCUGGGUUUGGCCCACAGUUGAAAAAAAGGACUGUUGUGCAGCCACACUUGCAGGAGGGUGAUGAGGUUAAAGAUUGUGAAGACAUAGUGUCUACUUUACGCAGCGGUUCAGCAGCUGAAAAGGCACUUGCUAUCAUGCGGGAAAAAGGUUUAUUGCUUCCUAGAAGAUCUAGACAUCGUUUGACUCCUGGAACCGUCAAAUUUGCUGCAUUUCAUGUUCUUUCACUUGAGGGAAGCAAAGGGUUGACAGUAUUAGAUUUAGCUGACAAGAUUCAGAAAUCUGGUCUCAGGGAUCUGAGUACAAGCAAGACUCCAGAAGCUUCCAUAUCUGUUGCCUUGACAAGGGAUACUAAGCUUUUUGAGCGAAUAGCUCCUUCCACUUACCGUGUACGUGCAGCUUAUAGAAAGGACCCAACUGAUGCUGAGGCCAUACUAUCAGAAGCCCGAAAGAAAAUUAGGAUAUUUGAAAAUGGGCUUUUAGCUGAAGAAGAUGCUGAUGAAGUAGAAAGAGAUGAUGACGCCGAAAGGGAUGAUGAUGCAGAAAGAGAUGAAGAUGCUCAAAGAGAUGAAGAAUCUGAGGGUGAUGUCGAUGAGGAUCCUGAUGCUGAUGAUAUAGCUGCACCUUUGGGCGUCAUCAAGGAAGAUGAUCAAUAUAAUCAAGAGAAUGAACUUCCAGUUAUAAAAGAAGAGGAGCCCAUGCUCAAUGACGGGAUGAACAUGGAAAAUGAGAAUGGGAGAGACUUUAUUUCAUGCCCUGUGAAUGAUUUCAAGGACACUGCCGAGCAAUGUGGAGAUGGUGAAGGCAUUGAUGAUAGUAAAGAUCAAGAAAAUAUGGAGAUUGAUGAAAGCAACUCAGGGGAAUCAUGGGUUCGUGGACUCACAGAAGGAGAGUAUUCCCAUCUCAGUGUUGAAGAACGGUUGAAUGCCCUUGUUGCUCUAAUUGGUGUUGCUAAUGAAGGAAACUCAAUUCGUGCUGUUCUGGAGGAUCGAUUGGAGGCAGCAAAUGCUCUUAAAAAGCAGAUGUGGGCAGAGGUGCAGCUAGAUAAGUCUCGUUUGAAGGAUGAGUUCAUCUCUAAAUUGGACUUAUCAUCUUUUACCGGGGGAAGAACCGAAGCCCAAGUUCGGGACUUUUCUGUGGAUGGCAACCAAAGUCCAUGGCCUGCCGCAGACACAAAAAACACUGAGGCUUCACUGAGCUUAGCAGAAGACCAUAAACUGUUGCUUGGUCCACAGGCUGGUGUUCAGAAUGACCCCAGCAACCUGUCAACUGAUAGGGCCUUAGUUGUGGUACAGGAUCCAUCAGGAGUUCCUGACAACUCCAAUCAUAAUGGGUAUGUCUCAAGAAGGUCACGAUCUCAAUUAAAGUCUUACAUCGCCCAAAGGGCAGAAGAGAUCUACGUUUACAGGUCGCUGCCUCUUGGUCUAGAUCGGAGGCGGAAUCGGUACUGGCAGUUUGUUGCAUCCUCAUCAAGAAAUGAUCCUGGUUCUGGGAGGAUAUUUGUCGAGCUAAAUAAUGGGUCUUGGAGGCUUAUAGACUCUGAAGAGGCAUUCGAUGCUCUCUUAAUGUCUUUGGAUGUGCGUGGAAUUAGAGAAUCACAUCUGCGUGUAAUGUUGCUGAAGAUUGAGAAGCUCUUCAGGGAGAACGUUAGGAGGAGUUUAGAGUCCGCCCCGCAAAUUAGAAGCUCCGUUAAAAAUGAGGCUGUGGAGAUGGACUCUAGUCCUGAUUGCCGAGGUGUUGGUAGCCCCAGCAGUAUGGUUUGUGGGUCAAGCCACGACAUCUCAGAGGCAUCAUCUUCUUUCAGGAUUGAGAUUGGGAGGAAUCAGUUUGAGAAAAAGGCUGCUCUGAGAAGAUACCAAGAUUUUCUGAAGUGGGCCUCGAGAGAAUGUAGCAACUCAUUCCCAAUUGGUGCCAUGAGAACUGGAAAGAGGAGAUCUGAUCCCGUAUUAUUCAUCUGUGAUAGUUGCCUGGAUACUUAUUUAUGCGAGACGAAGCAUUGCUUUUCUUGUCAUGCGACAAUUGCCGAUAAUUUUGAUUUUUCACGUCAUGUUAUGGAGUGUGAAGAUAGGAGAAAGUUGGAUCAGAAGGACGGUCAUGUUUUGGUGUCGUCUGUUCCCCUCGGGAUCAGGUUUCUUAAGGGUCUGUUAGCAUAUGUUGAGGUUCUAAUUCCUCCAGAAGCUCUCCAGUCAUUUUGGACAGAGGACCUCCGGAGAAGUUGGGGUAUGAAGUUGAGUGCUUUUUCAUCCCCUGAGGAAUUCUUGCAGAUGUUAACUCUGCUGGAGGGUGCUCUAAGGAGGGAGUACUUGUCUCCAGAGUUCGAGAGUACAAGGGAUUUAUUGAGCUUGGCCGAGAGCUCUGUGCAAGACUAUUUUGAUCUAGAACAUGUUUCUGUGCUUCCUUGGAUCCCACAAACUAUUGCUGCAUCAGCUUUAAGGCUUUUGGAACUGGAAAGCUCUAUAAUCUAUGUAAAGCCAGAGCAACCUGAGUCUCGUAAUGUUGACUCAGUCAGAGAGGAAACUGUACAGAGACUGCCGCUGAAACCUGUGGUGCUCAAGAGUGCGAAAGUCGACCUGCCUGAGGGAGACCAAAGAAUUUACUUGAAAGGGAAUCCUGGUGAAGUCAGCAAUGGACGAAAAUCAAACAAACGUGGAAAUGUGGCCCGUGACAGGACCAGCGGCAAGAAGUGGCAAAGGAGGUCUUCAGCUGCUAGAUCCGAUGUUAGCGGCAGACGGAAUGCUCGGAACAGUGAGAACUUACUGAGACAGCAGCAGGGAAGAACACAACUCGCCCAAGGAGGCAGCUAUGUUCGGGGUCGGAGGACAGUGAGGAAGAGGAGAGCAGAGAACAAGGUUGGGGAGCAGGCAUUGUUGGGACAUAUGGGAGCAGACACAGCUGGGGUGGGCUCAAGAAGAUUGAACGAGGCCUGGCACCAUGAACCAAGGUAUCCGGCUCAUGUAGAGGAGGCUUCGGUGAACAGUGAUAGUGUGGAGGACGAUGAGAACGAUAACGAGAAUGAGAAUGAGAAUGAGGCAGUGAUGGGCUAUGAUAUCGAGGGGAACUGGGGGGAAGGGUAUGCUGGGACAUCAAAUGGGUGGAAUAGGAACUUCAUGAAGGAGGAACCGGGCGAGGAGGAGGAAGAGGAGGACAUGGGUGUCUCCGAGGAGGAAGAAGAUUAUAACGAGCUUGAGGAAGAAGACACGGGGCAGGGUUUUGGGGGCACUAUGGAUAUGAGGGGUGAUGUCGAGUAUGGUGGGUUGGAGCCCAUGGAGAAUGAUGAUGAGGACGACGAAGAGGAGGAAGGUUCGGAAAUGGCGGGGUCAGAAGACUACAGCGAAUGAGAGGGAACAUUAUGGCUUUCGAGCUUCGAUUCGGUGGUUACUGUAGAAGAUGAUAUAGGUGGAAGGAAACAGAUUUUAGUGAGUUUCCCCUUAGAUUACCUUUCUCUCUUUUUUUCUAAUAGUUUUUUUGAGUUGUACGGGGAAGAACAAAUAAUGUAUCAAAUGAUUCAAUUGUUUGGGGAAAAAUGAAAUGAGGCCAAUAGUUUUAGCCUUUUAGUUCAGUUUGUAUUGAGAUCAAAUUGGUGAACCAAACUAUUCCUCAAAAGUAUAAUCUCAACGGUAUUAGAAGGUA